GCAAGUGCUAACAGCAAGUACAUCUACUCAACCAAGAUAUAAAAAAAUCACAGAACAUUUACCUGGACAUGCGUCAUCAGAGCGUGUUAAGACAGAAUUUAAACACAGGAUUGUUUUAAGAGCUAAUGGGAGAGCCACCAAGUCUACUGGGGAGGAUACAAUUGCUCAUAUGACUGGACUCCAUGGGGUUCAGGAGAGGGAUGUGGAAAGAUCAUUCAACGAUUCCCCAAGAAGGACUGGGAGGGAACGGCCUUUCCUCAGGGCGUGGAGAUGUUCUGCCAGCCUGGAGGUUGGAGGCUGUCCCGCGAUAGAAAACCACCCACCUUCUUCACUGUUGUGCUGACAGAUAUCGAUUCAGACCGACACUACUGUUCUUGCCUGACCUUUUAUGAGGCUGAGGUUAAUCUUCAGGGAUCAAAGAACAUUGAGACUGAUGGAGAUGAAGAUGAAGAUGAAGACACAGAGGAGGAUGGCUUGAUCCAGCCAGCUCAAGUAUUUGCACCCAAAAGUCUCAUUCUCGUGUCCAGGCUGGAUUAUCCUGAAAUAUUCCGGGGGUGCUUGGGUCUGAUCUACACUGUGUACAUUGACAGCCUAAAUUUCCCUUUAGAGGGUCUAGUGGCCAACCUCUUCACAUUCCAGGUUCCCAUUGCUGGUGGAUCCCAGAAGCUAUUCAGCCUGGGAGCAGGAGACCGACAGCUCAUCCAGACGCCUCUGAACGACACACUGCCUGUCACAUGCAAAAGUGUUGCUUUGCUCUUCCAGCAACUGGGAAUCCAAAAUGUUCUCAGCCUGUUUUGUGCGGUUCUGACAGAACAUAAGGUUUUGUUCCACUCCACCAGUUACCAGAGGCUAGGAGAGGCGUGCCGCGCCCUGGAAGCCCUGAUGUUCCCCCUCAAAUAUAGUUACCCAUACAUCCCAAUUCUACCUUCUCGGCUGCUGGAGGUGUUGAGCUCACCGACUCCCUUCAUCAUCGGAGUUCACUCCAUGUUUCAGAAUGAAAUCCAGGAUCUGUUGGAUGUUAUUAUUGCCGACCUGGAUGGAGGAACAAUAAAGAUCCCUGAGUGCAUCCACUUAUCCCUGCUCCCUGAACCUUUGUUACACCAAACACAGACUGCUCUGUCUCUGGUUUUGCACCCUGAUCUGGAGAUAGCAGACAAUGCAUUCCCUCCUCCUCGCACAGCACCCUCCAACCUCAAGUUGUUGGACAAGGAGGUGAGGGCCGUCUUUCUCAGGCUGUUUGCACAACUCUUCCAGGGCUACAGGUCUUGUCUGCAGCUCAUUCGCAUCCAUUCUGAACCUGUUAUUCACUUUCACAAGACUGCCUUCCUGGGCCAGCGUGGCCUCAUCGAAAAUGAUUUUCUAACCAAGGUUUUGGAUGGUAUGGCCUUUGCUGGCUUCGUCUCAGAGAGGGGUCCGCCUUACCGAGCCUGUGAUCUCUUUGAUGAGCUGGUGGCCUUAGAUGUUGACAGCUUUAAGGAAGAAGAGGUGAGCCCUGUCAAGCUGCAGAAGCACAUCAGGGAACUCUCAGAGCAGCUGUACCGAAAUGAGAACCCAAAUCCACAUAUGGCAUUCCAGAAAGUGCCUCGGCCUUCAGAAGGAUCUCACUUGCGGGUACAUCAGGUACCCUUUCCCCUUCUGGAUGAUGAAAAGGUGGAAAAGAUGCUACAGGAGGGCGUAGCAAAACACAGCAGCACACCUCCAUCAACAAGGCUAGAGAAGAAGUGUGUGGUACCUGCUGGACCACCUGUUGUAUCAAUCAUGGGGAAAAGUGGCUCCGUGUUUAACAGUGCUCGCAGGCUGGAGGUGGUACGGAGCUGCAUAUCUUUCAUCUUUGACAACAAGACCCUGGAGACUGAAAAGACACUCCCAGCUGCACUGCGUGCACUGAAAGGCAAAGCAGCUCGCCAGUGUCUCACUGAAGAACUGAGUCUUCAUGUUCAGCAGAAUCGUGCCAUCCUGGACCACCAACAGUUUGACUAUACCAUCCGUAUGAUGAACUGUGCUCUCCAGGACUGCUCCAGCUCAGAGGAGUACACUGUGGCUGCUGCACUGCUGCCCCUAUCAACUGCCUUUUACAGGAAAUUGGCAGCAGGAGUGAACCAGUUUGCUUACACCUGCAUUCAGGACCAUCCCAUUUGGACCAACCAGCAAUUCUGGGAAGCAACUUUCUACAGCGAGGUCCAGGGUCAGAUAAGAGCCCUUUAUCUUAACACCCCAGAGGAGAAAGGCAUCACUGCCAGGAUAAAGGAUGCAUGCCCCCCACAGACAACAGUCAGAGAUGAGGAGCACACAGCUAUGGACUUGGCAGCAGAGCAGCUGCGUUUGUGGCCCAAUCUGAGCAAGGAGAAGCAACAGGAGCUGGUCAAGAAUGAGGAGAGUACCGUGUUCAGUCAGGCCAUCCACUAUGCCAGCCUCAUGGUCUACCUGCUCGUCCCUUUAGACACCAGCAAGAACAAGCUGCUCCGCAACACACCUGUGGCUGACUGGGAGAGCGGCAGCAAUAGCAUCGUCACAAACAGCAUCGCUGGUAGUGUUGCAGAGAGUUUUGACACGGAAAGCGGCUUUGAAGACUCGGAAAACAGCGAUGUGGCCAACUCUGUGGUCAGGUUUGUGGCUCGCUUCAUUGACAAGGUUUGCACAGAAAGCGGAGUAACCCAGGAGCACAUCAAGAGUCUGCACAGCAUGAUCCCAGGCAUAGUCGCUAUGCAGAUGGAAGCUCUGGAAGCUGUUCACCGGGAGAGCAGGAGGUUACCUCCCAUCCAGAAGCCCAAGAUUUUGCGUCCAGCACUUCUUCCUGGAGAAGAACUGGUGUCAGAGGGGUUGCGGGUUCUUCUGGACCCUGAUGGUAGAGAGGAGGCGACUGGGGGCCUUUUGGGGGGCCCACAUAUCCUGCCAGCAGAGGGAGCUCUCUUUCUCACCACAUAUCGCAUAAUUUUCAAAGGAAUCCCCCAUGAUCCACUGGUGGGGGAACAGGCAGUGAUCAGAGCGUUUCCAGUGUCCACACUGACCAAAGAGAAGAAGAUCAGCAUUCAGAAUCAGCUGCAGCAGAACAUGCAGGAGGGCCUGCAGCUCCGCUCUGCAUCGUUUCAGUUGAUAAAAGUAGCUUUUGACGAGGAGGUGAACUCAGAGACUGUGGAGAUCUUCAGGAAGCACCUCCAGAGGAUCCGCUACCCACAGUCCAUCUUCAGCUCUUUUGCAUUUGCAGCAGGACAAACAGCACCUCAGCUCAUUCUUCCAAAGCAGAAAGAAAGAAACACUGGCUUCAGAACCUUGUCCAAAACUAUUGUCAAAGGAGCAAAGAGGGCUGGAAAGAUCACAAUGGGUCGAGGCAGCCAGACCACACUGAAGAAGAAUGACAGAGGGAGCAGAAUGACCUGGCAUGAAGACGAUGACAUUUCAAUAUCAGAUGAUGGCGAGCCGCCACCCAGCAGCACCCUGCGUGCAUCUGAGAAGUCCACCAUGGAGCAGCUGGUGGAGCAGUCCUGUUUCCGUGAUUACCAGCGUCUAGGCCUGGGUACAAUCACGGCUAGCUCAUCUCGCACAAAGUCAGGGGAACAAUUCAGGAUCACAGCUGUGAACAGACUCUACUCCCUCUGCCGCAGUUACCCGGGGCUGUUGGUGGUUCCCCAGGCAGUGCAGGACAGCAGUUUACACAAAGUGGCUCGCUGCUACAGACACAACCGUCUGCCAGUUGUAUGUUGGAAACAUCCUCGAACUAAAGCUGUGCUGCUUCGCUCAGGAGGCUUCCACGGCAAGAGUGUGGUUGGAUUGUUUAAAUCACAGAACCCCUCCUCAACAGCUCCAGCAUCAUCCUCAGAAUCGUCCAGUAGUCUUGAACAGGAGAAGUACCUGCAGGCCAUCCUCAGCUCCAUCCCUGUUUACUUCAAAAUGAACGGAAACAACACCCUGUCCAACCGCUCCCUUAUUGGCCUCUCCCCAGGCAGUGACAGAAGGACGUCCAGGAUACCAAAGAUGACUCCUGUUCACUUAGACCUGCCAUUCUCAAACAGCUUCACCAGAGGAGUUCUUGAGUACAGAGAUAAACUGUUCACUCACUCAAACCAAAAACCUGUCACAAAGAAGAGAGUGGAACAUCAAGGCAUGUGGGCUAGCCUGCGCUCCAGCAGCAGACUCAGCCAUCACCCGUCAACAGGAGACGUUGGUGCCAGACUUGCAGGGAAGGAUCUGGCACCCCCUGCAGGCAGUAAUAGUCUACAGGCUCAGCUUCUGAAACAGCAAGCUGCCCUAUACGUCUUUGGGGAAAAAUCACAUUUAAGGGGUCUCAGAGUGGACUCCUCUCUGAACUGUGAACUGGUGCCAGUGGAUUUUGCAGACACGCGGCAGGUAAAGGCCUCUUUUAAGAAGCUACUGAGAGCCUGCGCUCCCAGUGCCACCUCAACUGACGCAGAGGACUCCUUCCUCAGAGCCUUGGAGGACUCUGAAUGGAUCCUGCAGCUUCACAAGAUCCUGCAGCUGGCACUGAUUCUGGUGGAGCUUCUGGACAGUGGCUCAUCUGUUCUCCUCAGCCUGGAGGACGGCUGGGACAUUACUACACAAGUGGUAUCUUUGGUGCAGCUGCUGAGUGAUCCUUUCUACCGGACUCUUGAAGGUUUUCAGGUGCUGCUGGAGAAAGAGUGGCUCUCCUUUGGCCACAAGUUCAGCCAGCGAAGCAAUCUGAGUCCCAGCAGCCAGGGCAGUGGGUUCACACCCAUCUUCCUGCAGUUCCUGGACUGUGUUCACCAGAUUUUGGAACAACAUCCUCUGGAGUUUGAGUUUAAUCAAUAUUAUCUGAAGUUCCUGGCCUAUCACCACAUCUCUAACCGCUUCAAGAACUUCCUGUUGGACUCAGACUACGAGCGCUUGGAGCACGGCCUGUUGUUUGAGGAUAAAGGAGAUAAACAGGCCCGGAAAGGUAUCUGUAUCUGGGAAUGCAUCAACAGGAUGCACAAGAGGAGUCCCAUCUUUCUGAACUACCUGUACACCCCAUCAGAGAGUGAUCAGGUGACCCUAAAGCCGUCCAUCAGCAUCCCCUGCCUGAAUAAAUGGGACUUCUUCACGGAUGAGACUCUGUCCACGGGGCCAUGUUACGACUGGAGAAUGAUGGCCGUGAGAUCAGAAAGCUCAGAGGAGGCAGAAACACUCUCCAACAGUAAGAGGAGGAUUGUGUGGCCAUGUUACAGCAGUGUGAGCCGUGCCCAGCCUGAUGCUAUCACCAAACUCCUAAAUGACAUCGAGAGGCUGGAGGGUGAGCUGAACCAGACUCCUGAGAAGUGGCAGACAACUUUAGAGAGGGUCAGACUCAGCAUUCAGGAUGACCUCACCAUAGAAGGAAACCUCCGUAAACAGUCGUUGUCAAUCUCAGGCCUUAUUCCCACGUCCAGCCUCCAGGCUUUCCAGCGGCGCUCCAUGCUGCACCUGCCAGACAGCGGGCUGGGUGAAGACCGCAGCACCACCACAGCCAAUGGGAUCAACCGCCGAGCUGCAACACUUUACAACCAGUUCACCCCAAAGAGUGAGGAGAACAGGUCUUAUGAGGGAAUCCUGUAUAAACGUGGUGCGCUGCUGAAAGGUUGGAAACCUCGCUGGUUCGUUUUGGAUAUCACCAAACACCAGCUGAGGUACUACGACACUGGCGAGGACACCAACUGCAGAGGCCACAUUGACCUGGCAGAGGUGGAGUCGGUGGUGAUCGCCGCCCCUACAAUCGGAGCUCCCAAACACAUCAGUGAAAAGGCUUUCUUUGACCUGAAGACAAGUAAGCGAGUCUACAACUUCUGCGCCUCAGACGCACCCAGCGCUCAGUUGUGGAUGGACAAGAUCCAGAACUGCAUCUCUGACGCCUGAUCACGGAGAUCGACAUAGUGAACUGUGGAGGAGGCGUCGAGCAAAGGCGUGACGAGUGCUCGGCUUUCAGAUGUCUUAAAUCGUGGGACCACAGAGAACAAAGUGCCUGGUAGCAGAGGAUGGAUUGUGUUCAUCCGCCUCUCUGCCUGUUACUUAGCAGCUAGCCAGGCUGACCUCACUCCUCUUCAGCCAGAGUUGAACACUUUCGUCUCUGCUGUCAGCCGCCUCCUCGCCUCCGACAGGGAUCAAGUGAAGAUAAGCUGAUGUUUAAGGAGACUGCACUACAGGAAAUGUUAUCCUACUUAAGCUGUAAAUAGAUCAAAGCAAUAUCACUGGCCAUUCAAACUGUGGGUUCAAUUUUAGACUCUAAAGAAAUAGAAAAUAGCCUAUAAAAGAAUUUCUAUCAGAUAUUUUACUACAAGGUUAUUGCUGCUUAAAGAAACGUUAAGAACCACCAAAAACUCAGAGGUUUAAUGCACAACAUGAGAAGCAAUUUGUUUGCACUUCGCUCUAAAGUAUGCACUCCUUAUCAAAUAUAGAUUUUCUAUCAGAUGCAGGCAGAGGCUAAAGGCAUUUCUUUACAGUGUACAUAAGAUGUUUCAACAAGACAGAGUCGGUGAAAAGAAUUUGCACAGUGAGUUCAAAAGAGUGGCGUGACAUUUUUCUAUUUAAAGAAGUGAUGUUUUCUCUGUUUAGUUGAGUGUUAAUGACUCUGGAUAACACAUUUGUCUCAUGUACUGUAAAUUAUUAUUUUUUAUUAAAAGUGUAACAGUGUAAGUGUGGUGGCUUCAUGUAUGUUCUGUAAAUACCUGUGUGACAUUUCAUUUUAUAUACUGUAUGUACCAAACAUAAGUAUACUUUUCUAACCUAACUCUAAUGUGACCAACAAGUCUACGUUUUUUAUGUUGUCGUUACCGGUGCAAAAAAAAAAAAAAAACCUGAGUGGCCUGUUCCUGUUUGUGAAACAUUGUUCUGAAAAAGAAAUAGAGACCCUUUUUUGUCACUGUUCAGAUCAUCCAGGCAUGUGUCUGUGUCUUUUAAGGGCUUUUUUUUAAAGAAGUAAACAGUUAUUUCAUGUGAGACUUUGUGGUUUUCAGAGAUCCUCAUGUCACCCGUUCUUUGUGCGAUUUUUGCAGCUUCAGUGAAAAGAAGACAACACAGAAAUUAUUCGAAGAUGUCAGAGGCUUUCUCGUUAUUUUAUCUUCACCAUCAUUUUUGGUGACACUAAUUUUUCUUUAUUGGAAAAUAAACCAAACAUACUUGAAUCUA